AUGUCUCUCGCCAAGCAAAACUUCUCAAACGUUGUUGAGGAUGCCAUCAACCAGCAGGUCAUGCUCGAAAUGACCGCCUCCCAGACAUACCUAGCCAUCGCCGCUUACAUGGGCUCCGACAACGUUGCCUUGCCCGGCCUCGAAAAGUUUUUCAACGAGCAGUCCGAGGAGGAGCGCGAGCAUGCGCAACACCUCAUUGACUAUCAGAACAAGCGAGGAGGACUUGCCGUCAUCCCAUCAGUUCCUGCUCCGACCUCCGAAUGGGCCUCGGCCAAGAACGCCGUCGAAUCGGCACUUCAGCUGGAAAAGGAUGUCAACAAGAACUUACUUCGCAUGGAGUCCCUUGCCGAGGACGAGCAUGAUCCCCAGAUGGUCAAUGUGUUGAGAUCCAAGUACUUGAAGGAACAGGUCGACUCGAUUGCUGAGAUCGCAAAGCUGAUGACUCAAUUGAACAGAGGCGGUGGAGAGGGUCUUGGACUCUACCUCUUCGAUCAGACAUUAUUGAAGAGCGGCGUCAAGGGCGUCAUCGGACAGGUUUAA